AGACCGGGCGGGCCCCUCUCUGCAUCGCUAUCUUUUGUGUUGCUACAAAUAUUUUGAACGUACCAACCCCUCCAAAUAGUAGCAAAAUAUACACACUCACACAGAUACAUCUCUGUUUUCGACUCUGAAUGCUGGGUAGAGGUGUGUUGUCACGAUAUCCCUGAACUCGCCCCCCCUCAAACAACACAAACUCUCUUAAACUCUCUCUCUCUCUGUGUUUAGUGUGUCCAUGUUUCUCUCGAAUUGAGAAGCGACCUUUGCAUCCCCUAUUGAAAGCUGUGUGUUGAACGCUGUUUUCGUGAUUUGUCGUUCAGUUGGCGGCUGAGCAGUCUGCCUUUCGUGUUGGUCCAUCCACAUCUCUCAACACUGUCUUGCUGUUACCAGUAUUAAUUACUCAGUGCACCAGUUAAUUACUCCAUAGGAAGAACAUCUUCGAAAAUAAUUUCUCAUUCCUUCAAACUUUAACAAAUAAGCAUUAGCUACAACACUUUCAAGAAAGAACUAAGCCUAUGUGAUUCGUGUAAUAGAAAUUCUAAUUCUGACAACUUUUUUCAAAAAUAGACAGCAAGCUACGUUAUUUGAGUGAUGUUUAUAUCAGUGACAGAAUAUUAUCUUCAAAAGUAUAUACCAUGAACAUUUCAGAUCCUUAAACAUUCAUCACUACUCAUAGACGACUUGUGUGAAAGAUAUUUCGACAAAUCAACUCGAACGAACAUCAAAAAAGUGCAUCUAUAGAUCACUAUUUUGUGUAAAUAAUCCCAAGUCUUCUUGAAGGAAACUGCGAAACUUUGAUAGAGUAGAAGACCUGAUUAUUUCUUCAGACAAAUUGUGGAGUUUAUAGAUUGGAAUUGAGAAUUGCUGAUUGCUGCCGGCUGAGAAAUUGCACUCUCUGAAACAAUAUCCAGUUUUCUUCUGGGAAAGGUUGGAAGAGGAGGAAGAAAAAGAGGAAAGUGAACGUGAGAAUGUGAUAGAAGUGGAAGAAAUUUUGUAAAAUGGAGAAACAGAGGAAAUAGAAAGUAGAGUAAGAGGAAGAAGAGAACGGAAAGAAAGAAGAAGGGAGAGAGAAAAAUAGAGAGGUGGUGAAGGAGGAGAAGAAGGAGGAAAAGAAAAAUUAUAAUGCUAGGCCAGCCUGGAGGAAAUAAUGGAGAGAACAACCAGACUGGUAGUCACCAACAGCCAAGUCCGACUGGGAGAGGUCCUCAAGCGCCCAGUCUUCCUAUGUUGCAGCCAUUGGACCACUAUCGGCUGCAGCUCUACAACUAUGCAGUGCAAGCUGAGCGACUAAGAUGUCAGCAGUUUAUCAGUCCUGGUGGAGCCGGGUCCCAAUACCCAGGUACAGCCACAGCUUUGUGUCCACCCUACCCGGCCACAGCAGCCUACCAUCCCAGGCUGGCACUGUCAAUGUCCCUCUUCCAUCACCGCGUAUUUCAGCCAGAGGAGCCCAAACCACAGUACAGCUACAUUGGAUUAAUAGCAAUGGCCAUUCUAUCAUCUCCUGACCAUAAACUGGUUCUCUCCGAUAUCUAUCAGUAUAUUCUGGACAACUAUCCCUACUUCCGCACCCGGGGACCAGGCUGGAGGAACUCUAUCCGUCACAACCUCUCUCUGAAUGAUUGUUUUGUGAAAGCGGGAAGAAGUGCCAAUGGAAAAGGACACUAUUGGGCGAUACAUCCGGCAAAUGUAGAUGAUUUCAAGAAGGGGGACUUUAGGCGGAGGAAAGCGCAGCGAAAAGUGAGGAAACACAUGGGUUUGGCUGUAGAGGAUGAUGGAAAUGACUCGAGCAGUCCACCACCUCCUCCAUUGUCACCGACACCAGUUGGAACGAUCUGGACUCCAGCGGCGGUUUUCCCCACAGCAUUCCACCAUCACCAUCACCACCACCAAACCAACCAUCACCACCAUCAUCACAACCAUCACACAAAUGUCAAUCUCACAUCAGUCACUCUAAACAACAUGGUUGGCCGAAAACGGCAGUUUGAUGUUGCAUCCUUACUGGCUCCAGAUAAUGUUUCUGAGCAAAUUUUACCUCUCCAGGAAAGAAAAAUGACUGCGAAAGAUCUUCCUAUAAAAGGGGAACCAAAGCUUGCAGGAUGCAUAGAUGCUGAACAUAGCUUGGACAUGGAAUCCGCUCCUGAAGAUGGGUCAUCAUCAAAAAGGAAAAAAGUCUACAGCAGUGAUGAAGAUGUAGAUGUGAGCAGUGAGGAAGUUGAUGUGGUCUCUCACAAUGCUCCCAAUGAUAGCAAUCGUCACCCUAGACCAACUCCCCUACAUCACAGUAUAGCAUCUUCACCAGCUUGGCCCCUGCCACUACCAGCAGUAACCUACCAGAACAGCUGUUUCAAUCCCACCAUUGUUCCAGCACACAUGGAUCAGCAUACAAACAGCUUGGUUGCUAGGUACUACCAGACUGCAGCUAGGCGAUUGCAAAUGCACAGACAUCUGAACAAUAGUAAUAGUUUUAGUGCUUACAAUGAUGAUAAUAAUGGUGAUGCGAAUAGUAGUUGUAAGGAUGAUCAAGCAAGGAUGUCACCAACAGCACUUGAAGAAGACAAUGUUUAAAAAGAAAAGCUGGCAUGAAAUGUGUAUGUCAACCGUGAAUAUUAUUGAGAUUUAAUGUACCUUCUACCAAUUCAAAUAAUUGGCUCUUCAAAGUGAGAUUUACUUUAAAACGUCAGCAUCUCAUUCGAAUAUCAUUAAUAUUUUCAGAAACCAAUGUUAAUUACAGUUCAAGGUAAAUCUCACUCUUGUACCACAUUUUAUAUGGUAAAUGUUUUGAACUUGAAAAUGUCACUAUUUCUAUGGAUAUAAAAUAAAACAUGAGAUGCGCAUAGGUCAUACAAACUGUAAAAAAUUAGAGAUUCAAUGUAUCUUCAAUAUUUAUUUGUAGAAUUUCAAUUGAUAUUGUGGAACGGGUAAGCCACUGUGAAGUAUGGUUGAUUCGACAUUUAUUUUAUUCACUUUUAUUAGCAGGUAGCCCGUGCUCCGCUAGGGUCUAUUUUGAAACUUGACGUAAUGAAAUCUUGAAGAAUUGAAAAUAGGCCUAUAACCAUACAAGACAGAGGAUCGACAACGUUGUUCUCCUAUCUUCCUCCACUGUCAUUAUAACGUGCACCCCACUAAAGGUUUAUAAGUUUCAAGUUUCUCACUUGAUACUUGGUGUCAUUUGGAACAGCAAAAAUUAAGUAACAAAAAUUCUUAUAAUGACUUUGAACAAACUAUUUAGAAACAUAACAUGUAUUGAUCCUCACUCUAUUAUUUAUCAAGUUAUCGAGAGAUAUUUUAGAAUCAAACUCUUGUCAAGGGAGAAAUUCGUAAUUUCGAUAUUUUGAUGAAUUUUAUUCGUCGUGAUAACUUUGAUUCUUCUCAUUCACCAACAAAGUAAGUUUGUUAGUAAAUAAAGACUCGGAUGAAAACUAACAAGUCAUGUUAUCUAUACUAUAAUAAAGGAAUGAACUGGCUUAUACAAGUAGGCUACGUAAUAGAAAAAUCAUGAUUGACGCAUCUUCACGUCUGAACUACUGGACUGAUUAAACUACUGAACUUGAAAUUUCGCAUAUAGAUUCUUAAUCAACCGAGGGUGGUUAUAUGCCUUUUUCCAUUCUCCAAUAUUUAAUUACAUAAAGUUUUUAAAUAGACCCAUGCGGAGCACGGGUUACCUGUUAGUAAAGAAUAGAGAUCACGUACGCACACAUUUAUUAUAACAUAGCCUACACUACAUAUCUAUGCUGGUUCUAAGAAUAAAGGAAAGCCAUUUAUUGGGGAUAGGAUCUCUUGACACGAAAUUGAUGACAUAUAAUUACUCUUUCCAAUUGAGAAAAAUAUUUGCAAUGUAAAAAUGUAAGUAAUAUUAAAGGAUGAAAAAUAUUACUGAACCACCAGUAUCAAAUAAUAUACCUCAGCAUUCAAUGGAUAUCUCUGUAUCAGUUUUUUUGUUACACAGAAAAUAAAACUCAUAAUGGAACCAAAAAAUCAUUCUCGUCUACUUUGAUUGUAGAUGUACGUGGAAAACAAUUAUUAUGUAGAUACUAAAACUAUUCAUCGAAGAAGAUGUUAUUCUUUAACAAAGAAUAACCAAUUCCUCAUUGUUAUAAUUGAGCUGUAUUGUAGUCCAAAACCUAUUCUAUAUUAUUGAUCAAGCUUAUCAGAUGAAUUUAUAGAAGUUAUUAAUAUCAUUUUGUAAAAUAUGUUCUUAGCUGUAAAUACGAAAAAUAAAACUUGUAAUGAUCUCAAAAUC